AUGAAAAAUAUUGAACGAAUGCGGUGGGCGAAGGAAAUUCUCGAGAAAGAGUCUAACGUCCAGGAAGUGAGGUGUCCUGUUACCGUCUGCGGUGACGUACAUGGACAGUUCCACGAUUUGAUGGAGUUGUUCAAGAUGGGAGGAAAGAGCCCCGAUACGAAUUACCUUUUCAUGGGUGAUUACGUUGAUCGUGGUUAUUACUCAGUUGAAACUGUUAGCCUUUUGGUAUGCUUAAAGAUCAGGUACAAAGAAAGGGUCACUAUUCUCCGGGGCAAUCACGAGUCUCGACAAAUUACUCAGGUAUGAAG